AUGGCGUCUGGUGGAGGAGAGCAGUUUCCGCCGCAGAGGCAGGAGAGGCAGCCGGGGAAAGAGCACGAGAUGGAACCCACUCCCCAGUUCACCAGCCAUGACUACAAGCCCUCUGGCAAGCUCCAGGGGAAAGUCGCACUUGUUACCGGAGGAGACUCUGGUAUCGGGAGAGCGGUCUGCCAUUGCUAUGUGCAAGAGGGUGCGACGGUGGCAUUCACCUUCGUCAAGGACCGAGAGCACAAGGAUGCGAACGACCUGCUCCAAAUUUUGAUGCAAGCAAAGGCGUCUAAUGUGAAGGAUCCAAUAGCCAUAGCCGUGCCCGAUCUUGGGUACGAUGAGACUUGCAAGAAAGUGGUUGAUGAAGUGGUCAACUCAUUCGGUCGGAUCGAUAUACUUGUGAACAAUGCUGCAGAGCAAUAUAAGUGCAGCACCAUUGAAGAGAUUGAUGAGGCAAGACUUGAGAGAGUCUUCAGGACUAACAUAUUUGCCCAGUUCUUCAUUACCAGGCACGCUCUGAAGCACAUGAAGGAAGGUAGCGCCAUCAUCAACACGACAUCAAUAGUCGCUUACAAAGGAAAUCCCGAGCUGCUCGACUACACGGCAACAAAAGGAGCGAUCGUAGCCUUCACCAGAGGACUUGCACUCCAGCUAGUGAGCAAGGGCAUACGAGUCAAUGGAGUCGCACCAGGGCCCAUCUGGACCCGGUUGAUCCCGGCCUCGUUCAGCGAGGAAGAGGUCAAGAAGUUUGGGUCGGAGGUGCCAAUGAAGCGGGCCGGGCAGCCCAUCGAGGUGGCGCCGUGCUAUGUGUUCCUUGCGUGCAACCAUUGCUCCUCCUACAUUACUGGCCAGGUCCUUCAUCCCAACGGUGGGGCAAUAGUGAAUGGUUAA